AUGACAGAACAUUAUUUAGAUGAUUUAUUAAGGGAGAUGAUGUCUGAAGCAGAAAUGUCAGAACAAAAAAAGAAUGCUGCUGACCAAUCAUCAGACCCAACAACAUCAUCACAACAAGUCAAUAGUCAACAACAGAUAUCCCCGACGUUGGAGCGUAGAAAAUCACGUGUAUCACAUCAUGAAGGCAUACACAGUGACUUUGAUUAUCUAGAGACUCUGUUGAAUGACAUGUCGGUGGGCCCUGAUCAGUCCAUUCGAAAGUCGGUCAUUGCCGAUCAACAAAACCAGAAUGCUCGUGUCAAGAGUCUACGUCUCACCUCUCAAUUGGAUCUAGAGAGUACUCUUAAAGACUUGGAAGCAUUCUACAAAGACAAUACAUUACAAACAAAGAGAAAACAAUCAUCACAUAUUGCAAGAGGUGGUGCUGCUGGUAGAUUAUCCUCGGCAACUUCGACUACUUCUACAUCUAACCCUCCAUCGCCUGCAACCACUUCCGUUACUAGUACUACCACCAACCCAUCAAAGAUUAUUGAUCAAUCUAUUUAUGAGAGUCCUUCUUUGGCUGCUUCCAACGUUGCUCCACCUGUUGUAGCAGCUGUCACUUUGCAAGUACCUCCUCCUCCUCCUCCUCAACCACAACAGUCAACUUUAACAUCAUCAGGACAACAAAGUUUAUCUAGUUCAAAGAGAUCAUCACCAGACAAGGUGUCAGCAUUGGCAAGAGAGGCAAUUGAUGCAGCUGAUUUAUUGGAUCAAAUGAUCGAGUCGUUUGGCACUGACACUAUCCCCAUCCCAACUCCAGUCACUACAUCAUCUCAACCAACUCCUGCAGUUGUCAAACCGACUCAACCUAAACAACAAGAUACUACUUCUACUCCAGUAGUAGUUGAACAACAACAAAUCAAACUACCAACAGGAGUAUCAAAUAUAACAUCAGGAACAGGUACAAUUAGACCAGCAUCUAAAUUGGGAGCACCAGUUGAUAUUGCGGUGAGUUCACCAAAGGCACCAACACCCAUUUCAACAUUAUCAAGUUCAACUCUAUCACCACCUUCGUCAUCGUCGACACAAAAUAGUGACAAAAUGUUGGAUGAAAUGAUUUCAUUGUUUAAAGACUCCAAUUCAAACAUUAAAUUUGCCAAUGCCAAUAAUUUGGGUAGUAGUGCAUUGAAUAAUGCUGCCGAGCAAUCACCAGUACACGUCAAACCAAACUACUUGGCACAACAACACUAUACCAUGUCACCAGAGGAUGUUCACAAGAUUCAUAUCAUGCAAAAGCAACAACAAGUCGAUGAAGACCUAGUUCAAAAGAUUCUUUGUGAGAAUGAUUUUGAAGAAAUGUCUAUCAAUGUCAACUCACCACCAAUGACAUCGAUGACUCCAAGUGCAAUGACCGAUCGAGUAUGGUACAUUAAACAAGAAAUCAAUACCCAAGAAUCAAUUGGAACAGGUAAUCAUGGUCAAUCUUCAAGAGCCGGUAUCUACAAAGACAAAAGAAUCAUUGGAAAAUCUUGGAGUUUUAUUCCUCCUCAAUCAACUCCAUUAUUAUUUAAUGAAAUUGAACAAUUAAUAUCAAUUAAACAUCCAAAUAUAUUAUCAUUAAUGGGGGCAUCAAUUACUUCCACAUUUAAUACAUUUACAGAAUAUAUUACUGGAAAUAAUUUGGAUAUUGUUUUGAAAAAUGUUGAUGAUAGAAGUGAAUUAUCAUUUGUCAUUAGAAUUGCAGAGGAAAUUGCUUCUGCAAUGUCAUUUUUACAUUCUUUUAAUAUUGUUCAUAGAAGUUUACAUCCAAAAAAUAUUCUUUUAAAUUCAGAUUUAAAAGUUUAUAUUAAAGAUUAUGGAUUUGCAAAUUUAAAAGAUGAAACUAUUAGAAAGAGAUUAAUGACAACACAAAGAAUGACAUCACUUUUACAUACUCAAUAUAUGGCACCUGAAUUAUUCAAUGUAUUGUCGGGUGGAAAAGGAGGCUAUGAUACCAAGGUUGAUGUUUUUAGUUUUGGUGUUUUGUUGUGGGAAAUGUUUGGACGUGAUAUUAAACUAUCGACACUUGGCCACAAUGUUGUCAAUGGAUACACUUAUUAUAGUCGUCCAUCACUACCCAAUUGUCCAUUCACUAUUGACAAGCUCAUUCGUCUAUGUAUAUCAUCUGAUCCCUCUCUCCGUCCUUCGUUCCAAACUAUCCUAAAGGUCCUUCGUCAACCAUUACAUACUUUGCAAAGAUUCACCAAACCUGAAAGUUCAUCAACUUCUCCAAUCCCCAAAUCAUCAUCUGAUAAUAAUAUCUCUGGUUCCGCUGCCACUGUCACAGUUGAAAUGGUUCCAGAAAAACAAGAAAAGAUCAACAAGAUUGUUCAACUUGUUCAAGAUCUCAUUUCAUCACCUACAUUGGCCAACCUUUCUCGUGCAGCUCAAACCAUUGAAGCUCUUAGCAAGAAUCCAGAUAAUUUCCCAUACCUCUUACAAGUCGAUUUCUUACCACUCAUCUUUGAAUUACUUGGUACUAGAUUUGAAGAUGUUCAAUUAUUAAUUUUAAAAUCUUUGACUUUAUUUUUAGAAAAUGAUGAAUUAUCAGAAUUAUUUAGAAAUUUAUUGGGAAUUAAUACAUUGAUUCAAUUUUUAAAUGGACAAAGAUCAGAGAAUAUAUUAUUUGCAAGUAUUAGAAUAUUACAACAAUUGUGUCACCGAGAUGUUAAUGUCUUGGAGGUUAUGGCCAAGGGUGGUAUUCCAAUCCUCAUCCAACAAUUAUCUCAUCCAAAUGAAUUGGUUCGACUACAGAUUGUAUGGUGUUUGACCAUGUUACUCGAAUCAUCUGCCAUUCAAGAAGAGUUUGUUAAAAUGGGUGGAGUUGAAAUACUUUUAGAUAUGUUUGUAAAUGCUCAAAAUGAUGGUUUCAAUCUUCGUAUUGCUUCUGCUCUUUCAAAAUUAUUACCUCUUAAAUAUACACAAGAAAUUAUAAAUGAUGGACCACAAAGACAAAUGAUAUUAGAGAAAUAUUAUUCAUUUUUAGAUUCUGGAUUUGAAGCACUUAGAAUGUUGGGACUUGAAGCGAUUGCCAUUUUAAUUACCAAUGUUGAGAAUCAAGACUUUUUGGUAAAGGGAGAGAUUGUAUCGUUCCUUUUAGAGUAUUUGGAGAUUGAGAAUGUUACAGUCGCUCCACAAAUGACUGCCAUUAAAAUCAUUCUCGUUUUAUCAACUUCACCAAAACACUCUACCUAUCUCAAAUCACAACCAAUCGCUCAACCCAUCAAAUCCCUUAAAUCUUUAUCACCACAUCCAUCCAUUCAAAAAGCUUCAGAGAAAAUUAUUUCUUUAAUCUCAAAAUAUUUAUUCAAUGAAAUAUUUAAAAGAGUCAAUGUAACGGUACUAGAGUUGGAUGUACAAUUUGAUUAUCCCAGUCGAAACUUGGUCAAGACAUGGCAUAGAAACAAAGUGGUCAAGAGCUAUAAACAAAUUAGUAAGGAUUUAAAUUGGGUCAUCAAGAAUAAAUACUAUGUCGUAUUGAAAGAGAUACUUGUAUCGAUGAAACAAUCACGUUUGGAAGGUGCUGAAGAAUCAAAAGGUGCUGGAGCAGGCGGUGGAUCAACAUUAUUAUCAGUUGUCAAAAAAGAGGAUGGAGUAGUUGGUGGCAACGGCAACAUCGUUGACACUGAAGAAGAUGGAGAUACGAUCAAGUUUGAAGCAUCUUCAUUGUCAUUGUCACUAAUUGACGAUCCUAUAAUCAUUGGUUUGCUAUUAGACCUAUUUCCACAAAAAUUUGGUGAGUUAUUCUUUACGAUAAAUAGUCCGCGUGUUGGUGGAUCGAGAUUGACUCGAUUUAAAACAACCAAACAUUAUCUCCAACGAAUCAUCACUGUACACGGAAACAUUGGUAUUUGGAACCAAACCAUCCAUUUUAUCGAUAACUUUAAGUCGUUUCAACCUCCAUCUCUACCAAAUAGUUUGGAUGGAUGUAAUAAUGGUGGUGGUAGUGGUAGUAGUGGUGGUGACCAAACUGAUUACCGACUCAAUCUAUUUGAGACUUAUCUCUCAAGACUAUGGAAACACAAGGAACGGACGAUUAUCAAGUUGAUCAACUAUUGCAUACGAAGUAAUCGCAAAGAGAUCCUGACCAACAUCACCGACACGGUUGGCGUGGAAAAGAUCAACCAGUAUUUGGCAUCGGAUCUCUGGAUCAAAGUUAUGGAAGACCACGAGAUUGACCAACUCACCAUCAACAGCGAGAUGAUCGAGUUUCUACACGCCAAAUUGUCAAAGUACCCCUUUAACCGAAUAUUUAGAGACCCUGUACACGCACUCCUCCUCACCAACAAUGUAAAACUAAUCAUCGACAAUAACAUCUGUAUCGAAAACCCAAACAUCCCAUCCUCAUCAUCAUCACCGCUCUCCACCAUCCUCAACGCCUUUCAUCCAUCCUCUUCAACAUCUCGAAAGAAAAAAGAACAACAUUUUAAAGAUUUGGGUUCUUUUUGUCCUUAUAUUAUAAAUUCUAUUAUUAAAUCCGAACCGACAACAACUACCUCUACCACGUCAAGUUAUCCAGCAAUUCAAACAGUUUAUGAAUGUGCUAUAGCAAUCUUGUCGAAAUAUAAACAUAUAUUGGGGAGCGAUCCCUCUACCACCAUUCAAAACACCAUUGCAACUCUAUUGCCAGUGUCAACCACCAACGCAUCGGUUGAGAGUCGGUCUCUAUUUUAUCGUUUGUGUUUGGCAGAACUCUAUUUCAUCCUACGUGAUAAAAUCAGUCAACAUACCAUUCAUAUGCAAUUAAAUAGUUUAAUUUAUAAAGUUAAACAAUUAAUUGUUGAAGCAUUAAAUAAUUCAACUGUUUUUUUGGACUAUAGUAAUAAUAAUAAUAAUGGUGUUGGAAAUGUAAAUCAAAAGAUAAUUAUAAAAUAUUUAUUAAAUCGAUGUGGAUUUGCAAGUAUUUGUGAAUUUGGAUCAUUAAUAAUAGUUCAACAAUCUUAUAUUCAAUUAAAAUUAAAUCAAAAAAAUAAUAUUAACAAUAAUCAAAAUAAUAAUAACAAUAUUAAUAAUGGUUUAAAAAUUGGAAACAAAAAAGAUAAUAAUAAUAAUAAUCAUACUCAUAAUAUAAUAAUGAUAGAAGAUAAAAUGAAUUGGAUGAAUUUAUUAUCAAAAAACAUAAAGGUAUUACAAUUUAUAGAAGAUAUAUUGAAAACAGAUAAUCAAAGUGUGGUACAAUUUGAUUUGAUUAGUUCAAGAGAUGCGGUAUCGGUUGCCAUUCAAAGAGACCUUUUUGGAGUGGUAGAGUAUUUGGUCUCUCACUUUCACAACCGAUAUGGAUUUGUCGUAUCGGUGCAAGCCAUGUCAAAGAUACUUUCACAGGGUUACUUUGACGUUGCACGUAUACUGGCACCCAACGUUUCACUGCACUAUAGCUACGACCAAAAAGUAAACAGCAUCGAAAUGGCCAAGUUUUUCUCGAUUGAAAACAAACCUCUACCAGUGUUUUAUCAAAACGAUGAUAAGCGUAAUCUAGAGUUUAUCCAGUAUCUCUUGGAUGAAUAUAUCAAAUUGUUUAGAGGUGACCAAGUCGAUAGCAUCACUCUCAGCAGUCCAUAUGGAUAUUUUAUGGCAUUGAUGCGUUGUGCUAAAAAGAGUCAAACCAUUAGUGUCAUUGAUUAUCUUUGCGAUUUUUAUGAAAAAGUUAAAGAAAGAGGAGGAACGGGAGCAAGUUCAAAAGAAAUCAUCUCUACCACUAACAAUAAUCAUUGA